AUGUUAGAUGAUAAAAAAAUUUACAUGGUUUUUCUGAAGAAAACUCUGAGAGAACUAACUGCUCUUAAUACAGAUUUCCAAAGUGACCAAGCUAAUUCUCUUAAAUUAAUGGAAGACCUCCUGCACUUGCUCGGAAUUACUAAAUACUACGUCAUGAGCGCAACUAUUAUCAAUUUUGGUUACUCAUUUCAUGAAGCACAAGUGGGAAUAGAGAGGAACGAUGUAUCCUGCGUCCAAGAAAGGUGUAUACAUUUUUUAGUUGAACUUUGUUACCAAAUUCAAUCUCGAUUACCGUCCAACAUUGAAGUUCUCGAAAAAAUAAACUUGUUAACUCCUGAAAACGCGACGAGCCAAGUAAGAAGACCUGAUAUUACAAAUUUAGCUACCAGCUUCAAGUCAUUAAUCAAUGAGGAUGUUGAUGCUACUGUCAGUGAAUAA